CUCCUGCCAGCAGUCAUCGCAGCCCAACGCGUCCAUGUCAUUCACGUUGGAGGUGCCGAUCUUGUCUACAACCCAAACGCAAUCUUCGCUCAGCCUGGCGACCUCGUCUCGUUCAAUUUCCUCCAGAAGAACCAUACUGUCGUCGAAUCGUCUUUCAACAACCCUUGCGUUCCCCUCCACGAUGGCAUCUUCGCAGGCUUUCACUCUGGAUCGUUCACCGUCGAGAUCAAAGACACCAAGCCCCACUGGCUGUACUGUGCCCAAGCCAAGCACUGCCAAGCUGGAAUGGUGGCUGUAAUCAACCCACCUGCUGAUCCAAGCAAGACUCAAUGCACCUUCGCCCAGCUCGCGGCCAAGGCCCCUGCAAAC